ACGCAAUACAUGAGCGAUUUGCUAAGGAGGGUCAGUAGGGGGUCAAUAGGGCCAGUUUUUUUUAUUGAAAAUCCUAUUUUUCUGCAGGCCUUUCUAUAAGAAACUGACCUCUAUUUAGGUGUUUAAAAUCGGUAAUGGAGCUGUUGCUUCGUGCUAUUCGCUAUUUGAACUUGUUUCAAAUUCAAGAUAAACUAAACACUGUUAACUUGCCAAGUUAACAGUGCUUAGUUUAUCUUGAAUGACACUGCCUUUUGGCGGCAGUAAUUUUUAGAAUUAAAAAGUAAGUUACGUCAUAACUACAGCUUCUAGAGAGUUCGUGGAUGUUCUUCGUUUCUAUAUAAGUAAAGCUACAUCAAAAGGUUCAAUAUAACUCGAGUUUGAGACAAACUGUAUAUUCAAGAUGCCUCGCUCUUUGAUUCCCGCAAUGCUAAACGACUUCUGGCCUAUGUGGAACUAUCCACAAGGAUUCUUUGAUUUUAGAUUAAUGGAAGAUCCAUUUUUCCAACCUGGAUACAGAAGAUACAUCCUAAGCCCUCAACGACGAGCUAGAGAACAAGAUUCGAACUCGGCAGUACAAGAGGUUAUUAGUAGUCACGAUCAAUUCCGAGUCAUGACCGACGUCAGUCACUUCUCUCCGGAGGACAUAACUGUCAAAACCGUGGACAAUUGUGUGGUGAUACACGGAAAACACGAGGAGAAAGUGGAUCAACACGGAUUCGUAUCCAGAGAGUUUACACGAAGAUAUGUCCUUCCUAAGGGGGUCGAUCCCCAGAAGGUGACCUCGUCGCUGAGUUCUGAUGGAGUGUUGACGGUGAAAGCACCCAAAAAGUGUGAAGAAUUACCUUCUAAUGAAAGAGUUGUUCCUAUAACGGUGAAGAGUACUCCAGCAGUUACAGAGAAAGAAAAAUUUGAGAUUUCAAAACAGUAAUUUUCCUAUCAAAAUACAGUAAAUUUGUAAUUUUAAAUAGUUUAGAUAAUUUUGUAAAUUCUCCAUCUGUAUACAUGUAAUUUUAAAUAUUCAUUUAGGCUAUAUAAAUAAAUAUUUUUAAUUUUCUUGAGUUUGUUUUAUCCUUGAAGCAUAACUUUGAAGUUUCCUAACAUUGCAAACAAUGAUUAUAAUAACCAUAUUUAAUAAAUGUUCAAAAUAUUUUUAUUUUGCACAAUUUUUUCAAGAAAUUUAACAUUUUCUAUCCAUAAAUUUUAUCUUUAUACGCGUAAUUUAUAAGUGUUAAGAAUAUUAGUUAAGAACGUUGUUAAAUGACAAUAUGAAACUGAACUCGAAAGUACAAAUUUCUUACAAUUUUGC